AUGGAUCUAAAAGCUGAAUCACAAGAUUCCCAAAUAAGGCAAAUUGAGGAUAUUAUAGAUAUACAAAAGGCUAACGGAAAUAUUAACGCUCGGCAAGUGGCAUUCAAUUUACCCUCAUGUACGGAAAGUAUAACCUCCGUAAAUUUGGCAAAGAGCUUAGAAUCUGGAUUAUCUAAUGGAAAUUCUAAUCUGCAAAAAAAUAAAACUAAGAAACAACGCUAUAAAAGACAUAAAAGCCCUUUGCCUGAUGCAAUAUCCUGGCCGAGUGAUUCUGAUAUUACAGUAUUAAGAAUGAAGCUUUGUUUGAAAAAUACUUUAAAAGAAGAGACGGCUAAUACAGUUCCGGGGGACGGCCUUCAUCACAGAGAUAGUUCGUCAAUGGUUAAUUUAGCGACACUGAUGUUACAGUCGCAACCAGCUUCAAAACACAGCUUGAAUUUGGAGGAAUGUCUUCUACCUUUAAGUUCAUGGGAGCACACAGUAAAACCAACAUCAAAGGAAAAAACAGAUAUGCAGAAAUCAUCUUUCCACUUUCUCAAUAAAAAAUUUAAAACAUUUGAAACUUUAAGUAACCAUUACGCUCAAGUGCAGAAGCCGUUGUGA